ACAACUGACAUCCUAAAUAUUUUGAAAAGAAUUGCCGCCUGGUUUCAUAAAACUCACUAUACUUUACAUUUGCAAUUUUUCAAUUAGGAAGUCCUACGUUUACAUAAAUUUUAAUUCUAAUUACACUUUUUAUUUCGUAAAAAUGCGAUUUAUAGUAACAAAAGCGGGUUGCUCCAGUGAACGCAUUGGUAACCUAACUGGUUUUGUGAAGUGUCCUAAUGCCGUAAUAGAAACUCCUACUUCUGGAUUGUUUACUCAGGGAGGAAGCAUUGUACAUUUAACAGCUGAUGUUCUUGCUCGUGUUUUCACUAAUUCACAAAUACUUGUCAUGCCUUUAACGAAUUCGAUUCAAUUAGAAACAGGUGUCAAGGCCCAGAAUGAAGGUGUGACAAAGUUUGCUGGCCUACCUGAACAUGUAGCAUGUGUUACAGUUAAUAAUUUCUAUGAGACUGUACCACCUGGUCAUUUUGAACCAGGUAAAAUUCCUUUAUGGACUAAACAUGGAAAGAAAAUGAUCACCGCUGACAAAUAUAUGGAUUUAAUGGAAAUAUUCAGACCAGAUAUGUUUUUGGCGAUUGCAGAUGGCUGCAUGUCUGUCAAUGAAACACCAAAAAGGGCUAGUAAGGCUGUCGAACGUACCUGCAAGUUACUCAACACAUGUAUAGAUAGAUAUAAAGCAUCUAAGGAGUUGAAGAAUAGCGCUCUGGUGGGUGUCGUAGUCGGUGCACAGAACCAAAAGAAAUGCGAUGAAUGUAUUGAAAAUAUAUUGAAACAUGUAGAUUGUAUAUCUGGCGUAGCUCUUGAAGGAAUCACCGACGGAACUGAUUUCCUAAAAGAAUACACUAACCAAUACUGUGAUAUAUUUAAGAAAGUUGGUGAUGGUCUUCCCAAAGAAUUUUUCCGUAUUCUAGAAGGAUGUUGGAAUCCUGCAAUGACAUUAUCAGCGAUUGAACAUGGCUGGGACAUUUUCGAUGGAACUUAUGCAGUCAAACUGACGAAUAUGGGAAUUGCUUUGAAACUAAGCUUUGAUGUCACCAAAGAGAAUGAAACUCCAUACUUAUUGGAUAUGAUUGAUGAACUGUACAAAGAAGAUUUCAAUCCCAUCCUCAAAGGUUGUGAAUGUUUGACUUGCAAGAAGCACACGCGGGCCUACAUAAGACAUUUGUUGAACACAAGGGAAAUGUUGGCCUCUGUGUUGUUGAGCAUACACAAUCUCCACCACUUCGACCAGAUGUUCAUCCAUGCUCGUGAACACAUCAAUGCAGGAACAUUCAACACAUACAAAAAUCACAUCACAAAACAGUGUGACAUGUUGAAAGAAUUACCAAAAUAUCGAUAUAAGGGCUCAACGAAUACACCGGAGAAAACCAAUGUUCAUAUAAAUAAGAAGAAAAAAGUAGAUGUUAAUAGUAAUUAACUGAGAUUAAUAAGAUUUCAGGUCAUUUUUUUAAAUUUAUUUAUUAUUUUAAUUUCCCUGUUUAGUAUUAGUAAGUUUACGCCCUUAAGACAAUCCGAUAAGUCCAUUCCUUGUUUAUUUAACAAUUUCAUUCAAAUAAUUUACCAAACAUGUGAUGUUUACUUGAAAUGCGAUUUCAUAGUGAGAGAAAGUAAGCCAAAUAUAUUUAUAAUUGUUGUGGAUAAAAUAUGUAUGCAUAAUAAUAAAGAGACAAAACCGAAUACGGCGUAAUGAUGAAAAGUAAGCUAUUAUGAGCUUGUUAUUUACAUUGGGGUGAUUUUCAUAGUGUUGUGAUUCAAAACAUAAUUUACGAUAAAACUUUUCAAUACCUUUCACAGAUACUAGGAAUAGUUUCUGAAAUUCAGGAUCUAAUUUUUUUUUAAUGUCAAUAAAAUUUUCUUUGUGCUCAUCACUAAAUAAUAAGUUUCAAACAAAUAACUUUCAGUCAGAAAGACAAUAACUUUCACAAUUAUGUAAUUAUUUUAAAUAAAUCAACUAAUUUGUUUUAUUUCAUUCAAUAUUAUCUCAAUAUUGAAUUGUCUUGGAUAUAUUUUGGUCAGUAGAAUGUUAAUUUUAUUAAACACAUUCAAACUAAUUAUUAAUAUUUUUAUUAUUUUUUCAUAUGUGUGUAUGCUGUGUGAUAAGUGAAAGUAGUGAAAGUAGCUUAAUUUUUAGGUUAAAUGUGUGCAUUAGAUAUUUUUUUAUAAAUUUAAAAUGUGCUUAUAUUCCCAUAUUGAAGUUGUAAUGACUAUUAAAUUGGGAAAUAUAUGAAUAUUAAAUUAGUAAAUUUGUUAUAUAACUAAGAAAUUGUUCUUAAAUAUUUUAUCCAGGUUACUGUUUUAACCCUCUGGCUCAGUAGUUACCAUUGUGGCUUGGGAACGAUAGUUCUUAGGUUUGAUUUCGAACCUUACAAAUAGAGUAUGUCAUGACAAUCAAUAGAUCUAAUAAAGGAAUUUAAAUUUCUGUAACUUCAGGUUAUAAAUGUACAAUAAUGUCCAAUAUUGUGAACAUAAGGUACCUCGUGUAACUACUACCAAAAAUAUUUUAUAUAGCUAAUGAUAGUAAGGAUGCUUACUCUAAGUUUACACUCACGCUACUUACGGAGCGCAUCCAAUUUUUCAUUCGUAUAUCUUAACAGAUUAUAGUAUUAGCGUAGUGUAUUGAAUGAGACCGGAAACGCUUCGUAUGUAGAAUGACGAUUCAAGCUUGGACUAUACUAAUAAAUAGUAAGCUAUGAGUGAUGUUUGCUAUUCAAGUAUUUAUGAUAAACAGAACCGGCACUUAUGAAAAAUAUGUAGCUAUUUAAUGUUUAAAAAAGGAUUUAUAUAACCUAUCAGGUAUUUGUCAAGGUACAAAAAUUGUUGCUAGCGUAAAAGUAAAUGUCUUAAAUAUGUUAAAUAAUUGGUACCUGAUUCUCAUUACUCGCGUACACAGGCUAGUGAAUAUCUGAAACAUGUUAUGACAUUUACGUAUAUAUAUUUUUUAAUAUAUAUAAUUAACGGGCUCAACAUUCCGCGUCACAGUUUGUGCUAGAAAAAUAUUGUAAUUUUUAAUCUAUACUUAAUGUAGGUUAUUUGUUGUAAGCGUUUGAUUAAAAAUAAAAUUAAA